UCGCUGCGGUGACUUCUCCGCGGCCGAGGUGGGCGAGAGGGUGCGAGAGCGCGGGGGAGGAGCCGAGCCGGGCGCGUCCCGGCCCGGGAGCCACGCUACCGUCCUCCAGAGUCCGCUGGAGCGCGGAGCCCCCUGCAGGGGAGGAGGCGAGCCGCGGGCGCGCGGGACGCGGCGGCGGGCGCUCACCAUGCAGUCCUGGCGGGGCCAGCGCCGGCUGCUCGCGGUGCUGUGAAGCGGCGAGAUCUCCGGGCCGCCGCACCCCUUCCUCUCGCCCAGGUGCUGCCCAGCGCGCUCGCCCUUCGUCCAGAUCCCUUUGGAACGCACGACUUGCCCCUGCCCUGCCCUGCUUGGAUCAUGCGGGGAGUCCCAGAGGAGGAGAGGACGAGUUCGGGCGGCACCCCCUUCCCUGAGAUGCCCUCACCUGCUUCCAUGUGCCCUCGCCACGGGUACCCACCCUGUCGCCAAACUUUCCCGGCACUGGCCUGGCUCUGAGUUGCGUUUCUGAGUGGAGUGACUCAGGGACGGAGGACUGACUGCCGACUGUUUGCUCCUCUCGGCGGGACCCGCGGAGAGUCCCUAUCCUGGAAUUGGGUCCUAAUCCUCCCUAUCCGCAAGUUGCUGAGUUUUGCCAGCGGGGACGGCGCCUUCCCGAAGCAGUUUAUCUUUGGACGGCUUUCUUGAAAAGAAAAAUAAACCAACAGGUUGCCCGCCCGAGUGCCACACUCAAGUCGGUGGCCAGGGAAGCCCCUGCCCGAUUUUCUCCUGCCUGCGUAGGUCCGGCGCAGGCUGCGGGAGGCGAAGGGAGGGAGGGGGCGAUGGCUCGGCCUGACCCGUCCGCGCCGCCCCCGCUGCUGCUGCUGCUUUUGGCGCAGUUGGCGGGCCGGGCGGCGGCCGCCUCCAAGGCCCCGGUGUGCCAGGAAAUCACGGUGCCCAUGUGCCGCGGCAUCGGCUAUAACCUGACGCACAUGCCCAACCAGUUCAACCACGACACGCAGGACGAGGCCGGCCUGGAGGUGCACCAGUUCUGGCCGCUGGUGGAGAUCCACUGCUCGCCGGACCUGCGCUUCUUCCUGUGCUCCAUGUAUACGCCUAUCUGCCUGCCGGACUACCACAAGCCGCUGCCGCCCUGCCGCUCGGUGUGCGAGCGCGCCAAGGCCGGCUGCUCGCCACUCAUGCGCCAGUACGGCUUCGCCUGGCCCGAGCGCAUGAGCUGCGAUCGCCUCCCAGUGCUGGGGCGCGACGCCGAGGUCCUGUGCAUGGAUUACAACCGCAGCGAGGCCACUACGGCGCCCCCCAGGCCCUUCCCGGCCAAGCCCACCGUCCCAGGCCUGCCAGGGGCGCCGGCCUCCGGGGGCGAGUGUGUCCCUGGGGGCUCGUCGGUGUGCAAGUGCUACGAACCCUUCGUGCCCAUCCUGAAGGAGUCGCACCCGCUGUACAACAAGGUGCGGACGGGCCAGGUGCCCAACUGCGCAGUGCCCUGCUACCAGCCGUCCUUCAGCGCCGACGAGCGCACGUUCGCCACCUUCUGGAUCGGCCUGUGGUCUGUGCUGUGCUUCAUCUCCACCUCCACCACGGUGGCCACUUUCCUCAUCGACAUGGAGCGCUUCCGCUACCCCGAGCGUCCCAUCAUCUUCCUGUCUGCCUGCUACCUGUGCGUGUCACUGGGCUUCCUGGUGCGCCUGGUCGUGGGCCACGCCAGCGUCGCCUGCAGCCGCGAGCACAGCCACAUCCACUACGAGACUACAGGCCCGGCGCUGUGCACCGUGGUCUUCCUGCUCGUCUACUUCUUCGGCAUGGCCAGCUCUAUCUGGUGGGUCAUCCUGUCGCUCACCUGGUUCUUGGCAGCUGGCAUGAAGUGGGGCAACGAGGCCAUUGCGGGCUAUGCACAGUACUUCCACUUGGCCGCAUGGCUCAUCCCCAGUGUCAAGUCGAUCACGGCGCUGGCGCUGAGCUCCGUGGACGGGGACCCAGUGGCCGGCAUCUGCUACGUGGGCAACCAGAACCUGAACUCUCUGCGCGGCUUCGUGCUGGGCCCGCUGGUGCUCUAUCUGCUCGUGGGCACGCUCUUCCUCCUGGCGGGCUUCGUGUCGCUCUUCCGCAUUCGCAGCGUCAUCAAGCAGGGCGGCACCAAGACGGACAAGCUGGAGAAGCUCAUGAUCCGCAUCGGCAUCUUCACGCUGCUCUACACGGUGCCCGCCAGCAUCGUGGUGGCCUGCUACCUGUACGAGCAGCACUAUCGCGAGAGCUGGGAGGAGGCCCUCACCUGCGCGUGCCCCGGCCCCGACGCCGGCCAGCCGCGCGCCAAGCCUGAGUACUGGGUGCUCAUGCUCAAGUACUUCAUGUGCCUCGUCGUGGGCAUCACGUCGGGCGUCUGGAUCUGGUCGGGCAAGACAGUGGAGUCGUGGCGGCGUUUCACCAGCCGCUGCUGCUGCCGCCCGCAGCGGGGCCACAAGAACGGCGGCGCCACGGCCGCGGGGGACUACGCCGAGGCCAGCGCCGCGCUCACGGGCAGGACCGGGCCGCCGGGCCCCGCCGCCGCCGCCUACCACAAGCAGGUGUCUCUGUCGCACGUGUAGGAGGCCGCGGCCGACGGACCAGGGCCGGAUUAUUGGGGGUGGGGUGGGGUGGGGUGGGUAUUUUGUUUGGUAGCGUUGCCAAGGUCACUUCCGUUUACUU